AGAUGCAUUCUACACUCCUAGUCGCGGCUUUUCUUUCCAUCUUCAAUGUGGCAGUAGCAGUCCCUAUUCCAGUUGAAGAUUUCCAGCCUCGGCAGGCACAGCCGUGCUUUAUUGUCGGAAAUGUCGCUCUGCCUCAAGAAACUGAAGAUGCAGCCAAUUCUCUCGCCUCGAGUAUUACCUGCGAUGCCAAGGAAACCACUAUUUCAGGAGUACCAGAUGUCUCUUCCGGCGGAAUAUCGUUUUCUUCCAUCGACUUUGCCACCUCUGGCCAGUCGCCUCUGGCAUUCGCCCUGGAGAAAUUCGCAACCACCAGCCCGUUAGCCGAGAAUGAUCUUGCGAAAUUCCAAAACGAAGCGAAUGUUUACACGGCUACAGAAGCUGCGCUGCGUUCCAUUGGAGGCAAUUUGGCCAUCAAGGCACCAAAGUUCUUCAUCAACUUUCAGAUUGCGCGUAUCCAAACGGCUCAGGGCAAUCCACCCACAAACCCGGGCCAAACGGUUGAACAUCUCCUGGGCAAAGUAACAAAGAAUGCCUCCAAGGCGGACCAGCAGUUUUUGGAGCAGAUUACAAAAUUGUCAAACACUUUAUCUUAGAUGGUGUUCGAGACGGGCUGGACGAACUGAAGAGUCAGAGUCAAGUCGGCUAUACCGAGCCUCUUAAAGGCAGAACUUAGAUAGUGGCCAGAAUCGCUGAGACUAUACAAAAAAGCAUGGAAUAUUUAUCG